AUGAGCACCGUUGACGCAUUCGUAAGGCAAGCAGUCCUGCCCCAGUGACAGCGUGGCAUCCUCCCUCUCUGUGUGUGUGUAGGUGCGGCUGCGUGGUUUGCCGAACAACGCGUCGGAGCAGGACAUCGUGUCCUUCAUGCUGCCACUGCGGUGCCACACCGAUGAAGUCACCAUCAUACGAGACCGUCACGUAAGCAGCCACGCCCACAUGACAUCGUAUUCCUUCCAUCGAGAUUGCUGUGUGUCGCUUGUGUGUUCUCACUGGCGUCUUCAGGGCUAUGCUACGGGUGAGGCAUUUGUUCGUUUCAACUCCGGUGCAGAGGUGAGGUCAAGAACAGCCGCUGGCAGCGUGCUCACACGUUCGUUUGUGUGUCUUGUUUUCUGUCCCCAGGCCUUGGGGAGGAACGGCCAGCGUCUCGGCGCUUAUUGUAUCGAGGUUCUUCCUUGCUGGUGCAGCGACUAUGAUGCCUACGUCAGCCGAGUGAACAAUCGCGAAAAGAAGAAGGCCCUCCGCUACACAGUGUACCACUCGCUGAAGGCGCUCAAGGACAGGAACACACGAGAGAUCGCGCACCUCGCCCAGCGGUCCGCCAUCGAACAGCAGCACUGGGAGCAGAUGAGAAUGCUCGAACGGGAGGUGGAUUUAUCUCUCCGCCGUGUGCGGGACCUGACGGGCAAUAUCGACGAGCUGCAGCGGCUGCAGACUACUCUGACGAAUGAGCUGCAGCAGCUGGAGGGCAUCACCGACGCCUUCGUGUGGAAGGUCUCUAUGCAGCAUGAGCGCAACCGGCGGCUCCGCGAGGCUAUUCAGGCUCUCGAGAACGACACCGCCAUGCUGGAGGAGCGACACCGACAGCUCGAGAGGCGCCAUGCGAGCAUCACACGUCGAGAGCAAGCAGAGCAAGACCUCAAGCGUGCGCUAUUUCAGCGCAUCCAAGAGCUGGCAAGAUUGAAGCUGGAUGCACUCAAGCGCAAGGAGAGGCUGCAGAGGCGCAUCGAUGCAUUGCCCGAUCCAGGAAGCGGCGCGGCAAUCCUCUUCCAUCAGACUGACCCACAAAGCGCCCAGCGACUGAGGGUUGGUGUCGACAUGAGGGCAUGCAAGCCGAUUUCGGAUUUCUGGAGUGCAAGCCAGAUUAAUCGUCCUGGAUUCUUCUGUGCAUCAACGGAGGAGAUCACGAACGACCCCAGCAAGGCUCAGCAUCGUGGGUGGAUGUUCAAGUUGGCAGUGCGACUUGGCCGUGUGAGGGAGCUGCAGACACUCAGAGGAUACGGCACGCUGGCGAGCAACGACGAGUUCGACAGUGUGGUGAUUCAGACGGACUCGGGGCUGGAGUUUGCUGUGACGAAAUCAGAGCAGGUGACGAUUAUUAACGACUACCCCUACCCUCAGGGAAUCAGAUAGAAAGUGGUUGCGAGUCUGUGUGUCCGACUUUAUGUGUUGGUGGUCCACGUUUUUGUCUACCUGCCUGUGCAUGUCAUAGAGCUGCUGUUUAUCCAACGAAAUGGCCCGUGUGGAUAAACACACGGUGUGUGUGUGGAUGGCUACUUCGUGUGCGACUUUGCCAUUGGUUUAUGAAUGCUUUUGUCCACG